UUUUACCAUUAUCAUUGAAACACUUAUUUCUUUUAGUUGAUGAGAGUCAUAAUUUGUUCUAUUGAAUAAUGUGAAAAAUCGUGAUCCGGGUUUUAAAGUGCUUCAUCCGUGACAAGUUUAAAUGUAAAAAUAGAGUACUUUUAGGUAUAUAUAAUGUAUUCAUUAACUAAUAGGACAUAUUAAGCUUAGAUGACAUUAAGAUCUUAAAGCAAAAUCUCAGGUAUUUUCUCUUAAGGCGAAAAAGCGUACCGCAUUUCCAUAAUUUAUAUUAAUAUCUCUUAUCAAUAGCCCAGGAAAACUUAUUUUAAAAUCGAUUCGCAAAAGUGACAUUUUACAUACGGGAAAUAAACGCUGAACAAAACGUGAAAUAGGAAAUAAAUGUUAAAUAAUGGAAAGGGAUUUGUUCCGAGCUGGAGUUUAUUUUACAUUAUUUCAAAUUCUACAGGGAUUACAUAUUCCACUUUCUGAUAAGUUUCAUACAGAAAUUACAUCUGCUGAUUUUCUUUCGUCGUCGAGCGGGUCUCGAACAAAGAGAGACACGACAAAUGAGUACCUACCAAAGAACACCGUGUUACGUCUGGUUGUCGCUGGAUCACAUCAACACAUUCCUUUAAAAAAGAACCACAAAAUAGACAUUUCAAACAUUCCAGUUUAUAUAACCAACAAUGGUCGAAUAGAGAGAAUACAUACAGCGUUUGACAAGGAACAUGUUUUGUAUCAAGCGCCUACCAUUGGUGGAUCAUUCCUAGUCACGUGUCACAAAAAUGAAACUUCAAUAACCAGAGAAAUAUUUGGUUCGUUUCAUCACAAUUCUAGUCUAUACGUCAUUCAACCUGAGAUCAACGGAGGGGUCAAAGGUGAAGGUCAUGUCAUAUCGCGUGUACCGGACCAGACGCUUGUUUUUGAAGGCGUCUCUGCAAAAGGUCUUCCGGCUACUACAUCUAGACCAAAUUUUUCUAGAAGUUACCAUGGCAACAGAAGAACAAGACGUCAAACUGAUACGUACAACAUUGAAUUGUUAUCAGUUAUUGAUUACAAAAGUUACCAAUUUUGGUAUGAUAUGACGUCAGGUUCGGACAGGUCAGGUGACACGAUGAAUUUGGUGAUGCAAUAUAUCGCUUACAUCAUUAACUCUGUUGAUAUGAGAUAUAAAACAGUUACCGGGGCAAACAGGGUGUUUAACGUAUUAUCUGCAGGGAUUUACAUAGCUGACUCGGCGCAAUCCUCGCCUUGGUCUGAGAAUAAUAACGUGAAUGGACAAGUGCCAAGUAGUGCAACACUAGAUUCAUUCAGGGACUGGGUAAAUGAUCAAAACAGUUUGCCAGCAUAUGAUCAUGCUAUGGGAUUUACCGGAUACGAUGUGGUCAGCGCAGGUUCGGGAGACAGUUCCGGAAUUGCAUAUACGUCAGUUCUUUGUACGUCUGACAGUACGUCGGUGGUAGAAGACAGUUUCAACUUUAUUACCAUGACAACAGUGGCCCACGAACUUGGACAUAGUUUAGGAGCUGUGCAUGACGGUCAAGGUAACACGUGUAGCGGAAGUGAUAACUACAUCAUGGCAAGUGUGAACAAUAUCGUUGGUGACCCAAACAUAGGUCAAAACAUCUGGAAAUUUUCACCAUGCACUGGGCAGGAAUUUCAAACAUAUAUUAAUAUUCUUGACGGGAGAGGGGAUAACUGUUUGUUAACAACAAGUAGUUCAUCAAAUAUUCCUACUACACCAAGACCAAUGGCUGAAUCUUAUUCCGCCGACCAAACGUGCGUGUACAGAUUUGGCGUGGGUUCUUAUGUGUGCAGGUCCAUACAAAACUAUGAAACUAUCUGUACAAGCAUGUUUUGUAACCAACCGGGAACAUCACAAUGUUACAGUACCAUUCCGGCAGAGGGGACACCUUGCGGACAAGGAAAGUGGUGUGAGCAAGGAAGAUGUGUGACGUCAGCACGUGCGCCCUCAAACAACGCCGAUAAUUGCGCUUUAGGCGACAGACCUGGGCUAUUUGAUACUACAGGCCAAACAUGUGCGCAGCGUAUAGAAGAAAAUAAAAGUCUUUGUUACGGUGACUACACCGGCUCCAACUGUUGUGAAAGUUGUAAUGCAAAAAGAACCGGUGAUGCAUCAUGUCAGUACGGUGAUCAUGGUACAGGGUUUUGCACCUCAAUGCCAAGAUAUGGUUGCUAUACCAACGAAGAAUAUUGCUGCGGAACAUGCAAACCUUUAAAGAAUAAUGCUUUACCAGGCUGUGAAUUCGGAGACAGGUUCAACGGAUGUUUACGUGCAGCAUGCGCUCAGUACAAUGCCGAAAACUUAGCCGGUUGUUGUGAAACUUGUUAUGAUCCUGCAAAUACCGUUAAAACAACAACCGCUUCUUCAACAACUUCUACUCCUGUACCAACAACAACACCAACUCCUACCACCACCACUUCUACUACUUCAACUCCAACAACAACAACUCCUACCACCACCACUUCUACUACUCCAACUGCAAAAACUACAGCACCGACCACAACAACAAUUAAAACAACCCAAUCAACAACCAAAGCAACGUCAUCCUCUGCAGCCACACCAAAACCGACAACGUCAAAACCAGGAAGCACAACAGAAUACCCCGGAACGCCAGGUAGUUCUACAACAGGAAUGGAAUCUACAGAGACGCCUGUUGAAAAACCAGGGUCGGACCUUAUUUUCGUGAUUGCCGGAUGUUUGGCUGGAGCCAUCAUAGUCAUUGUGUUUGUGAUCAUACUGUGUGUUUGCUUGAGGAAAAGAGCAAAGAGGGCGGCAACUUCCGGUGGGCGUAAACCAUCCAAGGAUAACGCCUAUGAUAAUAUUGGGUUUGUCAGGGCAGCUUCAGAAAAGCCCCAUCACCCUCCCCCUAGACGUACCAGUAGCCAUUCAGCUUCUGGGAACAAUGCCUCCAACGGUUCUGCGCACAUCCCAAUUUCGACUAUAGCCAAUGGUUCGACAGAACAUGUUGAUGGUUAUAUGAUGCCGGCUUCCGUUCAACUUGCACAACCACCUGCGGAUACAGUACAUUAUACGGCGCCAAACAAACCAAAAUUCAAACCUUUAGUACCACCAAUCCCACCAAACAAACCCAAAAAGAAAGCGUUUACAGCUCCGAGACCAAGCCCUGACCUUAGUAAAAGAUCAAGUAAGCCCGUACACUACAAAAGAGCCAGUGGUUUAUCUAAUUCAUCAACGGACACUGUCGGCCGUGCAGUUUCUUUACACAGUACUGGGAGUAUCCCUGAGACUAUACAAACACUGGAUGAAUAUGACAGCAUAGGGGAAAUACAAAAAGUACCAAGAGACAGACGUCCAACAUUGCCAGGGAAUCAUCCGGCCAGUUUACCUGACUUUGGCCGGUUAAAAUAUGAUUUAGCGAACGAAUUUAGCAAGAAAACUGCAAAUAAAGUUGCAGAUAAAACUAUUGGUGUUCAUCAAAAGAAAUUUGGCGAAAACUCAAGUAAUAUUUCUGACGACGAAAAGAGGAAAGUGUUACCAAGCAAUCCCCCAAAACCUAUUCCUCGGGUGAAAUCAAGAAAAAAGAAUGAAGUAACAACGAAAUCUAGUGUAGAGCAAAAUGACAAAGAUCUAGAUAUCUUUAAUAAUGGUUAUGAAGAGGUUGAUAAUGUGAAAAGACUUGAAGACGAAAAUCAGCCAUUAAAGCCGCCGAAUAAACCUGUUCCAAGACGACAAAUUUCCACCGGAAGUUCAGACCCCGAGAAACCGGAAGUGCCAUUGAAAAAAGCUUUUCGACCACCGUCAAAACCUGUACCUAGAAGGCAAAAGGACACUGAAAAGUCUUCUGAGCCACAUAUAAAUCUAGCGUUUGAAGGUGACCAAUUUGAACUAGAGAUUUAAGGAAAUAAGUGAAUGUAUAAUCUUAUUACAAACGGUGCUGAUUGUUAUUUUUUGAUUUCAUCUUUUAUAUCCAUGUUAUAUACAAAAUGCACGCAUUUACAUUUUACAUGAGCAUUAAAUAUUUUAUGUUUGA